AUGGCGCGCAUCCGGGCCAGUGCCCGUGGAAAAACAGACGCGGUAGCCGCAGUGGCUCGAGACAUUGACUUCCGCCAUUUGUGGCGUCAGUCUCGCGGAGCCGGAUGGACGUCCAAGCGACCCCGUGACAUGCAGUCUCAAUGGAGUCCUGGUGGUGUUCAUUCGUUUGUUGGUGAGGACGCCGUUGUCGUCCAUGCUAUUGAAUCUGGACUGCUAGGAGACGUUGACGAUGUUGAGAGCGAGGUUGACGCGGUGGGCGAAGGCGUUGAAGCGGCUGAAGUUGUGGCGAUUGGCAAUGAAGGGAGGGCAGAAGCUGAUGGGGAUGAAGACAUCCGUCCAUCCCAGAUUGACACUAGUGCUCAACUCUCACAGAACACACUGAAUGAACUCUUCGGGUCUGAGAGUGACUCAGAGGUUGAUCUCUCGCAGGCCGCUGUGACCAGAGCCUUUGACGUCUCACCUGGUGACCUUCAUGCAGCAGACUCCCAGCGAGAUUGUGAUGCUAACCUACAACAACUAUCAGAAGUGUCAAGGGCUGAGAGCGACGGUGCCCAAGUAGAUGCUGCUGCUGUAGAGACGACCCGCGCCCUACGACCGCGAGUUCAUGUAAAGAAGGACGUCAACUACGUUCCCCAGGACGAGAAGCCACCCUUGCCCAACAUGGACCUCAAGAGAAGUUUUGCACCUCACUGGUCAAUGACGGAGGACGGUGCGGUUCCAGCAGGUAACUUCGGGUGGUUGAUGGGACGCAUCAGGUGUCAGGAGAUUCUCCGAGACUUACACUUCGUAGAUAACGAGGCAGAUCGCACACGAGACAAACUAUGGAAACUUCGUCCAGUUAUCGACAAGCUGCAGCAGCGGUUUCUGGCUGGCUGGACUCUCCCUGCUGUGUUCUCCUUCGACGAAGGGGUGCUGCCUUCAACUUUUAGGCGCAACACUACUCGCAUGUUCACGCCCGAUAAGCCUCAUCGGUACGGGUCGCAAAUGUUUAUGCUGUGUGAUUCGAGAACCGCCUACUGCCACAGAUUUGAGAUGUAUGCUGGAAAGCGCAACCCCGGAGAAGGUGGAGACACUUCAUUUGAUCACAUGACAGGAGAUGCAGCAGUCGUCCGAAACAUGAAGAUGGUUCUGGAGUCAAAACAGCGUCACCCAUGGCAUCUUGUUGUUGUGGAUCGUUUCUAUUCACCGAUACUACUGGCGAUUGAGUUGCUGAGAUUUGACAAACAAGUAAAAGAGCAGCGGAAAACUAGAUCUGCGGCUAUUCCUCGAGGCUUCUUCCUGUUCUCCCGUUCGACGGCAGUCCCAAGCAUGGUUGCGUUCCAUUGGUGGGAUCGCAAACCGGUGCACUACUUGUGCACCGGCUCCUCCAUGGCAGUCUCGUCGAUCCAGAGGAAUCCGAAGCGAGUUGGGCCGGAAACGGUCCCAUGCCCGGCAGCCGUCAAUGAUUACCAGCGCUGGAUGGGCGGAGUGGACGUCCACGACCAACUCCGCCUCCAGCGAUUCUCAUUGCAGACGUCUACGAGGUUUACCAAGUAUUACAAGUGUUUGUUCUUGGGGUUUGUGGAUUUAGCGCUAGUGAAUGCGUAUAUUUCGCACAAGGAGACGGCACGGCUGGCUGGCACACCUUCGAUGUCUCGUGGUGACUGCUUUUGCAUUCUACAGAACCAACUUCUUCAGCUGAAGGCAGCAGACUUUGCUGGUGUGGAUGUGACGCCGCCUGCCAACUCCCAGAAGCGCAGAAGGACACACGUUCGGCUUUCACAUGCGCUUGAGAAGUCAGAAGAUUGGGUGACGGUGAGUGGCGUACAGAAGCGCCGACAGCGAUCCUGUAAGGUACGCGCGCUGCUGCGAAGCAACCCCAAGAAAAAGUCGUACGCCACCACGUUUUACUGUGAGCGCUGCUCUGUUGACUCGGCGAAAUGCUGGCUGUGCAACAAGAUCCGCCACAGCUUCAAAGGUGUCACCAAGACUUGCUUCGCGAUCUGGCACGAAGACUUCGAGUGCGGCCAAAGCAUUCCAGUAACAUUGGGCAAGAAAGUUGUUCUUCGCCGACCUGGACAAGUGGCUGGGGAGCGGAAGAAAACGCGCCGAGAACUGGAGCUACACGAGGACGAUGCAGAAGGUGAGGAAUGUGAAACUGAUGAGGUAUGA